CCUGCUGGGCCUUCCCUCUGGCAUCAUCCAAAAUGGAGCCUCUCCUAGCUUACCCUUUAAGAUGUUCAGGGCCCAAAGCGAAAGUAUUUGCAGUUUUGCUGUCUAUGGUUCUAUGCACUGUGAUGCUAUUUCUUCUACAAUUAAAAUUCCUAAGGCCUCAAAUCAACAGCUUUUAUACCUUUGAAGUGAAGGAUGCACACGGAAGAACAGUUUCUCUGGAAAAGUUUAAAGGCAGAGUUGCACUAGUUGUAAACGUGGCUAGUGACUGCCAACUCACAGACAGAAAUUACUUAGCACUGCAGGAACUGCACAAAGAGUUUGGACCAUUCCACUUCAGCGUCUUGGCUUUUCCAUGCAAUCAGUUUGGAGAAUCGGAACCCCGCCCAAGCAAGGAAAUAGUGUCUUUUGCAAGAAAUAACUACGGAGUAACAUUCCCCAUCUUCCACAAGAUUAAGAUUCUAGGAUCUGAAGCAGAACCUGCAUUUAGAUUUCUUGUUGAUUCUUCGAAAAAGGAACCAAGGUGGAAUUUUUGGAAAUAUCUGGUCAACCCUGAGGGUCAAGUUGUGAACUCCUGGAGGCCAGAGGAACCCGUUGAAGUUAUCAGGCCUGAGAUAGCAGCUCUGAUUAGACAAAUGAUCAUAAAAAAGAAAGAGGAUCUAUGAAAAUGCCGUUAAGUCAUUUGAAUGCAGCAGUCAGAAUACAGAAAUGUCUCCAUGAGGGUUUGGUCUCAUUUUAAACACUCCUGACAAUUAAAUGUGGCACUGAAGGAUGA